GCUGUAAAGUCCAGAGUGCCGGUCUCACUGUGUGUGGAGACUCCAUGGAUACAAGCAGACACAGUCCCUUGUUCAUCCUUUUAAAAGACUCAAGCUUUGUGAGCGAGGAGAGGUGGAUGCAAAUGCAUGUGUGUGUGCGUGUUUAACUCUCUCAGGGCUGUGGAUGUGUGAAAAAGUGCAGACCACAGCACUAAAGUGCUUUUAUUGUUCCACUUUGUGCCCAGUUCAGUCUUCUUCUACCUCUAGUAUCACUGGAGCUUAACUGCUCUCAGGAGUCUGGACCUGAAAAUGUUUGUGACUGUCUUGUUUGGAGAGGGCAGGAUGGAAAUGUUCAAUCUCAACUGUAAGCUGAUAAACUUCCUCCAUCAUUUGAAAGAGAGGGCCGGUGUGGACUCCAAAGAUUGUGUGGACCUGAUGGACAGCAGUGGUAAAGUGAUGAACCUGGCAGCUAAGCAGCACAGUUUGGCUCUGGCCAGCAGUGUGCUGGUAGCCAGACAGUACUACGUCCUCCUGCGAGUCUGCCGAGAUCAUGAGGCUGGAGGUCAGAAAUAUGUCUCCCUUCAGAACAACAACAGUCAAAGUCAUCCUGAAUUAACAGAACUGCUGAGGAGGCUGACUGACAAAGAGCCAGACAGAAAGACUAGAAAGAGACGGACGCCUCAGAGCAAAAACAUCUCUGCAAACAGCAAGAGCCACUAAAUUUAACACUGUCUAUACGUAUAAAUCUGAAUACUUUGCUAUAUUUCUAUUUUAACUGAGCUAAAGUGGAUGAUUUCUUUUUAGUUAAUAAUAGUCAACAUUGAAGAAGUUCAAUAGAAUAAGUUACAUUUUGAGAUUUUGUAUUUCUGCAUUAAAUUGUUACUGUAACCAGAAUGUCACAGAGAGGUAAAUCAGAAGUACGAGCUGCUGUGUAUUUUCCUAGUUUCUUGUGUUUCUAAGCAUUUUCCUUUUCCUCAUGCCUUUUGUGGCUUCCUGCCUGUCUGUGUGAGUUCCUUUUUGUCCGUCUUUCAGUGACUUUCUGAUAUAUUUUGAGCACUGUUUCCUUGUGUGGGUUGCUAUUUUCUUGACUUCCUGCCUUUGUUCUCUUCCCACCCUGCUUAUUGUCAGAUUUCGCUCACCUGCACCUUAUAUUCUCCAUAUUGUGUUUUUAGUCUGAAUCCUUUCCCACAGUUCUUCCUCCCUCUUUUUCUGCAUUUUGCCUUUUGGAUUUUUUAAAAUUUGAACCUCUUGGAUUAAACUUUUGCUACUUUCUGCAAGUUAGCGUUAAACGUUUCUUUGCGCUAACCACCUGCAAAUAUAAAAGAGUGUGAAUAUAAAAGGAAAUCAAACAGAAUUAAUGCU